AAAUAGGUUAGGAGAGAGAAAAAAGAUAUGAGAAAGGUGGUUUGAUUUUUUUUGUUUUUAUUUAUAUGAGGGGGGGGGGUAAAAUUAAUACAGAUACUAAUUUUAGGGAAGGGUGUAGGGUAAUAUGCGUAGACUAGUGUCUAGCCAUAUAUAAUUAGACAUAUCACAAUGGGCUUGUCAUAAACACUGUCCAAACAAAUUAAUGUUGUAUAAAGCCCAAUAUACACAUAAUUUAUUAAAAAAAAAAAAUUUAAAAAUGGAAUAAAAUGGAUCAGAUAAAUGUUUUGGACCGUUGGCUGAAGAUGACCACCACCGCCGGCGAAUCGUCGAUUUUCCGCGGCUGCGUAGCCCCUCAAAAACCAUCAAAUUCCCUCAAUAAAUCCAAAUUUCCCGCCAAAAAUCCGCCUUCAACCGUCCAAUUUGGCGCCAAAGCAGCUCCCUUUCUCUGUCCUACCUCUGCUCUUCCACCCACUUCAGAUAGUUAUGAAAAUCUCGGUUCGUGUGGGAGGAGAGGACUCAUUUUCCUUUCUGUCACUCUACCUUCUUUAUUCCCUUUGCAAGAAUAUGUCAAAGAUUGUAAUGCUGAAGCAGAAGAGCUGGGAGCUCCUGAUUACCUACUUAUAAAGGAUGAGAUAAGGAAGGUUUUGUCCAAAGGAAAGGCUGCUGGUGUACUUCGUCUCGUGUUUCAUGAUGCAGGAACCUUUGAGCUCAGUGAGAAUUCAGGAGGUAUGAAUGGCUCUAUAACAUACGAACUUGAAAGACCUGAGAAUAAAGGGCUAAAAAAGUCUCUCAAGAUCAUUGAGAAAGCCAAAAAUGUAGUGGAUGAGAGACAAUCAGUGUCCUGGGCGGACAUGAUUGCUGUAGCAGGAGCUGAGGCAGUCUCAAUUUGUGGAGGUCCGGAUAUUCCAGUUCGUUUGGGAAGACUUGAUUCGCUGACUCCUGAUCCCGAAGAAAAACUACCUGAGGAAUCACUGGAUGCACCAAGCUUAAAACAGUGCUUUCAAAGAAAGGGCUUUUCUACACAAGAACUUGUUGCUCUUUCUGGGGCACAUACUCUUGGAAGUAAAGGUUUUGGAAGCCCCAUCGUAUUUGACAAUUCAUACUACAAAAUUCUCCUUGAGAAACCAUGGCUGUCGUCAGCUGGAAUGUCAAGUAUGGUUGGACUUCCUUCGGAUCGUGCAUUAGUAGAGGAUGAUGAAUGCUUAAGAUGGAUUACAAAUUACGCGAAUGACCAGGAUAGAUUUUUUGAGGAUUUUAAGAAUGUCUAUAUCAAGUUAGUCAAUUCUGGUGUAAGGUGGAAAUCUUCUUGAGCAUAUGCUCCAACUGGAGCUUCCAAGCGAAAAUAUGGUGAUACUUAACAUCUUGAAAAGGAUUUUGCACUUUCACUGCUGCUAUGGAUCAUGGAAGGAUUAGAUCAUACACUUUAUUUUUAGGUGAAUAGGGAAGAUAAUCUGUACUAUUUUUAUCAAAUUCGUAUUAAUUUGUACUAUCAAUUAAAACUAGCUGUAGGGCGGGCUUUAUCUAAUUGCUCAUUUAGGAAAUUUCCUAGGUUGUUUGAAACUGGCUUCUUACCUUGGAUAAUAUUGGUGAUGAUGGUAUUGCUUGAAAA